AUGGUAUUCGGAUGGUCUCAAAAUAUUCAGAGGCGAUUACUUCUGUACGUCCUUCAACAGAUAUCGUUAUUUUCAAAUCUAGAUCUCACAAAUCUCGAUGUUUCACUUGGUGCCAACUCAGUUUUUACAUUUACUGAUAUUGACUUAUCAGUUACAGAUAUCAAUAUUCCUUAUUUGAGAGUAAACUCCGGAUCUGUAGGUAAAUUAACGUUGCAACUUACUGUGAGUGGAGGACUUGACAUAAAGGGAUCUGAUGUUUCUUUUGAUAUAUCUUUAUUGGAUACACAAGAAAGUAGAAAAAGUGGUGAUAACAUUGAUACGACAUUGCCUAAUCUUUUAAUGAAAAGUAUGCAUGAUUUAACGACAUCCGUAAUACAGCUGAGUAAUGAGACAAACAUUAAUAUCGAUGUAAAUGACUUAGGAGAGCUUAUUGAAGAAACAGAAGAAAACAUUACAGAGGAAAGCAGACCAGAAAGUGAACAAUCGCAAUUACCUUUAACUCCAGAGAGUAAUAAUGAAAACUUUAGCAAAGGUUCGCAACCAACGAGAAUGCAGAAUAUGAGAAAUAAGGUUCUUGGAACGAUUUUAUCCAAGCUUACGUUGGACUUAUCAAAUAUUACGGUUUCGAUAACAGACGACAAAAAUGACGAUGCAUUCCAAAUGCAUUUACAGAAUGUUCAGUUAUUAACCAAUGAACAAGGGAUCAGAAACAUUAUAAUUAGCUCUCUUCAAAUCUUCUAUGCAUCUAAAGACACCAAUUCUGAAUCUAAUGAAAAUAUGGAAGGAAGCAUGUACUAUUCGAAGAUGGGAGGAACUUCAGUCUAUAUGAGCGCUUUAGAUAUCCCACAUACCCAGGACACCAACAGUUUAGGUAACGAAAGUGAUAUGGAAUUUGGUGACCAAAUUAUGGGUUUGAAAUACAUUAACAUAUCCUUUAAAGGGUUGACCUCAAUAGAUGAUGUGAAGAUAACAGAUUUAUUGGUUGAUAUCCGUGAAAUUAUGAUUGAAGAAAGUAAUAUAGUACAGAUGAAUGCUGAUUUUGUUAGUUACUUGCUAGAAUUGCUUAAUAAUAUCUCACAAGGAAAUUCAUCAAAAAAAACCCAAACUAAUAUUCCAAUUGUUGUUAGCAAAACUCGAGACUCUGAAUCUUAUAAAAGAUUUCAAGAAGAACAGCAUAUCUUAUCACCAAAUGAAUUAUCAUAUAUUUGCAUUGAAAAGGUUUUUAUAAAGCUUUCGUUUAAUAUUAGUUUGGAGGUCAAUAAACUGUACAUGAACCAACUAGAAAAUAAAGAUUAUACUGUCGAAAUAAGCUCAUUCAAUUUGACUGGUGAUGGAAUUACAGUUUCCAAACAAGAAAAUCCGAUAAUAAAAGUUCUACUGAAACAAAAGGAGUAUAUAAUCAAUAUUACUGACGCCUUGAAUCUGUCUGUUUCUCCAGACAGAAUAAAAGAUUUAAUUACUGUAACGAAUGAUCUGAAAUUGUUUAUAUUUAAUUUGGGGCGCAAAAGCAACACAAAAUAUCAUAAUGGGAUCUCGAAGAAACAAGACAAUAAUACUUUUGUAUCAAUAUCUACGGAUGACGUCUCAUUAUCGCUUGUUCUUCCUGAAUAUAAAUUGACAAUUUUAUCAGAUCCUAUUAGGUUUAAUUCAAGAAAUAAUGUUACAAUUAUACCAAGUUUAAGACUUGUUAAGCACGAUGAUCAAAUAAUGACAGAAAUUUUAACUUUUCUUGAUAUCAAGUUCACUCAUUAUUCAGAGAAAUUCGAGAUAACUUCCUUUAAUGAAGCACUUGAUCCUAUAAUCCUUAGCUCAUACAAUAGAUGUGAUAUUAAAUCUAUAUCCUUAAAAGAGUCAAAAGAUGUAUUGAAAGAUCUUUAUGAUGAAGUUAAUGAAGUUUUCAAUUUUACUUUAUCUUCCCCAAUAGAAAAAGGGUCACCAAUAAAUAAAAAUACUGAAACGAGUCCUCCUCGUAAGUUUAAUUCAAUGAAAAAAAGUGUCAGAAUAUUAAAUUCUUCUGGAAUUAUUUAUCGAAAAUCUAUUCAUGCACAAGUAGUACUUGACUGUGAGUCUAUCAAGUUUAAAAUCAAUAAUUUUAUGGCUGGCACUAAGUUUGGUCACCUAAAGGGUAAAUUACAAAAAAAUAUAUUGGCAUUGUUGGUCGAUUCGAAUGAUAUAAUAUUUCACACCGCAGGGUUUAAUGUCGAUCGCCUAUUUUCGGAUGAACACACAAAACAAAAUAUUGUCACACUUAUUAAACCAAUUGACCCUCUAAAACCGUCGAUAUAUUUGCUAAUAAAAAGGAACCCUAAUUUGAAGCGUAUUAAAAUACUUCUAAGAAAUUUAUCAUGGCAUUACUACUCUGAUUGGAUUUAUUUUUUCAAUGAGACUUCUACUGAUAAAGACCCUACUUUAAUGAAUGAUGUUUCAGGUGUAACUUACAGCAAAAGUUCGUACCCGUUUGAAAUUGAGCUAAAAUUUUUCGACUCUUCUAUAUUGAUGCACCCAUUUAGAUUAAAAGCUGGACUUUUAAUUCUCAUCGAUCAAUACACAAGCAAUUAUUCGACUUCAAAGAGAGAGCUGAAUGGAAUUAUCAAAACAACUUCACUUCUAUUAAUAGAUGAUGUAAAGAACUGUAAAUUAGAAGUAUUUGAAAAGAAAUAUAAAUCUUUAAUAUCAUACUACUCUCAGCUAGGGUUUUCUGUAAUCGGAAAGAUCAAUAUAUUGAAACUGUCGUAUGCAAUUUUUCAAAACUCACCAAAAUUGCACUUGAACCCCGAAGAGAUCGAAUUGUCCCUCUGUGCAGAUUCUUUCCAUAGCCUAAUCCAGCUUUUGAUAGACCUUAAGGUACCUGAGACAUUUCCUGAUAUUUUGAAAUUCAAGCCAGAAUUAUUCUCAAAUAUUGACACUUUUGAAGAUAUAAACUUUAGUUUCUUGGAUGCGGCUAUCAGAAACCUAGAAGAAUCGAGUGUAUCCAAUAUUUCAAAUUCUAUUGGCGUAGUUGAAAACUUUUUGGAUAAUUCCAAACAGUUACAAUCAUCAACAGAUUUAACAUCACUCCAUACAGAUUCAACUGAUGCAACAGGUAUAAACAUGGAAAGUUUACACUUCGACGAGAACUACAUUGACAGCCAAAGGUCACGAAAUUACUUAAUAAAGGAAACUGAACCUGAACGAAGCAAUAACUUUGAUGCAAUGGGAGAAAAAGAAACUGAAUAUAAAACCCAAGUUUCUUUUAAAAUAAGAAAAAUUGACAUUAAAUUAUACGAUGGUUUUGAUUGGAAAUAUUCAAGAAAGCUUAUCAACGAUACUAUGGUGUCUCUGAAACAGAUGACGGCGAAUGGUGGUAUUUUUGUAGAGAACAAUGAACAAAACGAUGUCAUGAAUGGGGCCUCAAUAUUUGAGUCAAUUUAUGUAACUCCUCAAACGAAACAAUUACAUUCAGUUCCUUACAAUGUAUACGACGAAAGAAACGAUGGUAUUAUAGAUAUAGAAAAUACUAUCAAAAUGAACUUGCGCCCAUCUAAAAACUACCAGGUUUUGAUACAAAUGCUCAAUGUAGAACUGAAUUUUAUCAGUUAUGAUAUCGAUAACCCAUCUCAAGAAGAUUCAGAUGAUACUACAGAUAUUUUAAAUAAAAUGUUAUUAAGUGUUGAUAAAUUUGAAAUUAUUGAUAAUGUUGCAACCUCUUCUUGGAAUAAAUUUGCCACAGAAUUACAUGGAGGUCUUAACCCCCAAAUAUCUAAAAUGUUUCGAUUGGAAUUUUUAAUAACCAGACCUAUCGAUUAUUUAAAAUCUAUUGAUUAUAGACUUGACAUUGGUAUUUCACCUUUAAGGUUACAUAUCGAUCAAGAUACGUUGGACUUUAUCACCAGGGUAUUUGAAUUCAAAGAUCCAAGAUUUGAAUUAAUAGAUGAAUAUCCUGAGGUACCAUUUAUCAAUAAACUUCAUUUGAAGCCAGUGCGUAUAUGCUUAGAUUACAAACCUAAGAGUGUUGAUUAUACAAGCCUAAGAUCUGGUCAUUCUAGUGAAUUUAUUAAUUUUUUUGUUUUAGAUGGAGCCAAAAUUACAUUGAAAGAGGUUACCUUAUACGGUAUAAACGGACUUGAGAUGAUUAAUACAAAGCUCAAAGAAAUAUGGACUCCUGAUAUCGUUAGCAAACAACUUGGGGGUGUUGUUGGAGGACUUGCGCCAAUAAAAUCGUUUUUUACAUUAGGGUCUGAUGUCAAGACGUUUGUCACUGUAUUGUUGUCAGAUUAUAAAAGUGGGCAGCCUAUGUCGACAAGUUUCAAAAAGAAUGGGAAUGUUUUUAUUAAGACCACAACUGGUGAUUUUAUUAAACUCGGCGUUAAAUUAUCUAGUGGAACACAAGCUUUUUUGGAGUCUACGGAGGAGAAACUUGGUGGACAAGGAAUGAAUUCGAGAGGGGCAAAAGUAGAUCAAGAUACAAUAGAGCAAUUAAAAUGUUCUGUAUUAGAUUAUGGUAAAUUAGUAAGUGAAGAUCAAUUAGUUGGUGGGACAAAUCCACGUAUUCAUUCUCAUGAACCUACUGCUAUUGUUAUUGAACCUGGUAAAAUUCCAGGUGAAGAAACUAAGAUUAUUAGCCUUUACGCAGAUCAACCAUUAGAUCUUCAUCAAGGUCUUGAGGAAGCAUAUUAUUCUCUUGAGAAACAUUUUAAUAUAGCUUAUGAUGCAAUAUGGAAAACUCAACAGAUACCAGAGUCGAAUUAUGACGAAGAACCCCAAUCGAACGGUGCAAAAGCUGCUGUAGUGAGUGUUAUGAAGGCAACACCAAUCGCUAUCAUUCGACCUUUGAUAGGAGUUACAGAGGCAUUAUCAAAGACGUUUCAAGGGAUGUCUAAUCAAAUUGAUAAACAAAAUAUUAAUGAAAUGAAAGACAAAUAUAAGUCUAAGGGUGAUAAAGAUAAGAGAUCAUGA